AUGUUCCAACAAAUUGUAAGUUUGGGGUCAAUGAUCCCUGACGAUGCCAGCCCCCGCGAUAAGCAUUGGGUACCUGCACUAGACUCUUUUUGGACUAUUUACGUCCCGAGAAAUAGCACCAAGAAUGAGAUACUUACUUGUACGGCGAGUGCACGUCUCGCUACAAUCAACCGUAACUUCACUCAGUGA